CCCUAAAUGAUUAUAUGUUUGGAUGUUUAGGGGAAUGUAUAAUUACCUAAAUUCAAGUUGGUCUAUUGCACAACAUAAAUAAUAGUUUCAUCUGGCCUCACUACUUCCGGUGGUGUUAUACUGUUGUGAAAUGCUCUAGACGUAUAAAUAUUCUGGCAAAAGUUAUGCAUAUAUGAAGUGUCGUUUGGAUGAAGAAAAGUACCAUUAAUCUAUCUAUAUGUUUCAGCAAACGAUAAUAUAGAACUGUCACCAAUUUUUAUUUUUAAAAUAACCUAGCCAACAGAUGUCGAGUUCAACAAAAACUGGCAAGCAAAAAAAGAUGAAUUCUGAAGAUAAUGAAGAUACUCGUUUGGCAAAGCGGCUGUGUUACCUCCUUCGGUACGGCGCUGUGAAAGAGGGUCUGGACGUGUACGAGGGAGGAUAUGUAGACAUGGACCAGGUGGUGGAACUGAAUCUGAUGAGGCAUGAUACCAGGGAAGAAAUACUGGCAGAAGUGGACUCGUCCCUCUCCACUAGAGGAGCCAAGCGAUUUGAACGCAAAGAGGAAAACGGCAAAACCUUGGUCAGAGCUUGCUUCUGUGUAAACUUCGAAGUGAACCCAUGUCACAGUGGUACCAAUGUUACAACACUUCUGUCCACAUGUUUAGACUAUGUGUCGGAUAACCUGGAGUUAUUUGACCUGGAAGACUUCCCAGAUGAGUAUUUAAUAAAUAACAUGAUCCAUAGACUGAAGAAAAAAAAGAAAUUAAACAAUGCAGCAUUUCGUCAGCUGCUUGUUCCAACUUUACAUCAUCUUAAUCUGGAUAAUAUUUACCUCACCGAAGGAACACUAAGAAGUGUCUGGAAGUCGUGUCCACAUCUCCGCAUUCUCAGCCUCAAAGAUUGUGGAUACUUAAUGACAGAUAAUUUAAUGGAACAACUUGCUAAGAAACUUCCCCAUUUGGAAUCUUUAAACUUGUGUGCCUGCAAACAUUUAACAGACCGAUCUAUGAGUGCUUUAUGGCGUUCAGCUAAAAACUUGAAGGAACUUAACCUUUCUUGGAUAAAAACUAUAUCAGAAAGUGCAAUAAUAAGUCUAGUGAAGAAUUGUCCGAAACUUGAACACUUGGAUAUAUAUGACCACAAGGUGUCGGCAGAAGGAGUAGAAACUUUGACCGAGAUGGCCAAGGAUAGAAAUAUUACAAUUGUGUUAAAAGGUUUAACAGACACAACAGUAGCCCCAGAAAACCCUUGUGCUAAACUUCCAUUUUUUGGAAAAACGUGCCAUUAACAGCAACAGGUGAUGAAGCCAUUGGUCUUUCUUGUGAUAUUUUUGAAGAAAUAAUCAUGAAAUCUUUUAAAUAUUAUUUUCAUAUAUUUGUUAUAAUAAAUGUUAUACCACUCUG